AUGGCUGAUAAAUUGAAAAAAUAUACGUUUCAAAGGAGAAUGGCAAUUAACGAUUUAGAAACGUUAUUGCGUUUAUCCAAUUCUUCUCUUACAGAGGUUCAUAAGCAGUCGCUUUUUCGUGUUCGGUACUCAGAGUUAGACGAUGUUUUGGAGAGUUUUAACAAAAAUCAUCAAAACAUCGUUACAAAUCUUUUGAACUCUGAACCUACGGAUGCUCAAUUAGAUUCUGAGGACAUUAUUCGUUCCCAAUUUUUAAAUGAUUAUUAUCAGAUCAAGGCUAAUUUCGCGGAUCUCUUUGAAAAUGAUGAUAAUAGUCAAAAAAAUGAGCAAAAUAUCGCCGCUUCGAAUGCAGUACAACCUCCUAGUAAUGUUCGCUUGCCGCAGUUAGAAUUAGUUAAAUUUUCCGGUGAGUUUACGUCAGCAAUUACUUUUUUUGACUUGUUCGAUGCGCUUGUGCACCGUAGACCUAACGUUGAUGAUACGGAAAAAUUAACGUAUUUGAUUCAAAGUUUAGAAGGGCCUCCUUUAAGGUUAGCUAAAUCCUUGCCUUUAGCUAGAGAAAAUUAUGUUAGGAUUUAUGAUAAAUUAAAAAAUAGGUAUUUAAAUAAACGUUUGCGUGCAAUGGCACAUUGGUGCAAAAUUGAAGAAGCUCCCGCAACUAUGUUUAAGAAUUCUGAUAGUUAUAGUAAUUUAAUUGAUACCUUUUCGGAAAAUUUAUCAGCUUUAGAAAAUUUGGGUUAUAAAAUUUCGGAUUUUGUGUUAGCUUACAAAAUUCUCACCAAGCUUGACGAGGAGACUCACCAACGGUUUGAAUUAUUACAUGGGUCUAGUGAAAUGCCUACUUUUAUUCAAUUAUCUGAUUUCUUGGAAAGUCAAUGCAUUUCGUUUGACUCAUCCUUGUUGUCGCCUUGUUCUCCCAAGGAUUCUAAUAGAAAAAAUAAAUCGCCUUCUAAACACAAUGCAAAUAAAAAUGGUUCUAAAGUCAAUAAUCGCUAUAGUUUUUUUUCGAAGCCUAAUGCGACGACUUGUUUGUUAUGUUCUGCCGAUCACCAUUUAAAAGAUUGUUCUUUAUUUUUAAAUAAAUCUCCUUAUGAACGGUACAACGCUUGUAAGAGAAUGCGUCUUUGUUUUAAAUGUUUAGAAAAACACGAUUCUCGUAGUUGUAGUGUCACCUCUCGUUGUUGUCAUUGUAAUUCAUCCCACCAUAGUCUUUUACAUUUUAAAAGUUCUGAAAGUGCCACUCAAGGCGCUACUUCUGUUGCUGCCGUUCCAACUACUGCUUCUUCUGAUGCUCAGGUUAAUACUGGAACAUUGAGCUCACAUGCUGCAUCAUUAGGUAGUGUUACCUUAAAAAACUCGAGCGUUUUGUUAGCUACUGCUGUGGUAGAAAUUAUGGAUGGUUGUGGAUUGUAUCAACCUGUUCGAGCUUUAAUUGAUGGGGGCAGCAUGACCUCUUUUGUAUCUCAGUCUUGUAUUCGUCAGUUAGGUAUUAGACAUUCUUCUGCUACCUUAUCGGUACAAGGUAUUGGUGCUAUAAAAAGUACAGUGGUUGGUCGAGUUGAUCUUCAGAUAAAACCUGUGGAUAGAGUGGAUCCUAUUUUUAAUUGUGAGGCGUUUGUGUUGCCAAAAAUUUGUGAGGACCUACCCGUUGUUAGUUUGGAUGUUGGGCAUUGGUCUUAUAUUGCUAAUUUAAAGUUGGCAGAUCCUCGGUUUCAUCUAUCUGGUAAGGUGGACUUAUUGCUUGGAGCUGAUAUCUUUUCUCAGUUAUUAUUAGAAGGUAAAGUUCAAACUCCUAGAGGUAUGCCUGAUGCUCUUAAUACCGUUUUUGGCUAUGUCCUUAUGGGUCCCUGUAGUUCGGUUCCUAUGACAUCUGCCACCUCGUUGUUUUGUCACGUGGAUCAAAUGGUUUCGUUGGAGGAGUCUGUAAAGCAGUUUUGGAGUUUAGAAACUGUUCCUGAAGUAGAAUGUUCAGCUCCUGAAGAUAUUCUUUGUGAGAAAAAUUUUGUUGAGAAUGUUUGUCGAGACGGCUCUGGUCGUUAUACCGUUGCUCUACCUUUCAGGGAAUUAUCUCCUGUUUUUCCAGGAAUGUUUGAGUUAGCUGUAAAUCGUUUUCUUUCCUUAGAAAAAAGGCUUUUGAAAAAUCCUAGUGUUUAUCAGGAAUAUUGUACCUUUAUGAAAGAUUAUUUGGAUUUGCAUCAUAUGGAGCUUGUAUUCCCUCCUGAUGAAGAGUUACAGGAAUUUCGGUUAUUAACAGUUACUUAUGGUGUAUCAUCAGCUCCUUUUCUUGCUUUAAGGACUUUGUUGCAGCUGAGUGAAGAUGAAGGUAGAGAGUUUCCCCUUGCCGCUGAAGUUUUGCGUACGAGUACUUAUGUUGACGAUAUAGUUUGUGGUGGUGAUACCUUAGAAAUUGCGCUAGAUCUUCGGAAUGAGUUGAUAUCCUUGUUAUCUCGAGGUCAGUUUCAAUUGCGUAAGUGGUCGAGCAAUGAUAUGCGAUUAUUAGAAGGUUUACCGGAGUCGCAUAUUGGUAAGAAACCUAUUUCUUUUGAUGAUACUAGUUGUUCGUCACCUCUAAAAAUCCUUGGACUUGUAUGGAAUGCACAGUUGGAUUGUUUUUCUUUUGAAGUGCCAGCUCUGGACAAAUCUUGUACUAAGAGAAUUAUGUUGUCUGAAUUGGCCCGAGUGUUUGAUCCUGUAGGGUUUCUAGCUCCCAUGACUUUGUUCACGAAGCACCUUAUCCAACGUUUAUGGUUGUCCGGAAUCGACUGGGAUGACUCUCCUCCAGACUCAAUUUGUAAAGUUUGGAACCAGUAUAAGGAACAACUGUUAUCCCUUGCACAGCUUGAAAUACCUAGGUGCAUGUUCGUGUCCAGGUAUAUUUGUUGUGAGCAACGCCUUUCUCCUAAUAGUUGGUUUUAUGUUCCUUCUGCUCAGAAUCCCGCUGAUUUGGCUUCCAGAGGUGUUUUACCUGCUCUAAUGUUGGAGCAAUCUCAUUGGUUUGCAGGUCCUGAGUUUUUGUAUAACACCGAUCCCAUUCCAGACGCUUCCUGUUGCUUUUCUGAGUGUGCUGAAAUGCUUGAUAAGGAGCGUACGGUAACUUUGGCUUGUGUUAAUGAUGAUCAUUUUCUUGAGAAUCUAUUGAAUGACAUUUCCGAUUUCUCGUUUAUACGACGACUUAUAGCUUGGAUCUUGAGGUUUGCUUGGAAUUCAAAAUUCCCCAAUGAUAAGAGAGAAGGUCCCUUAAGUUCAAAGGAACUUUAUGAGUCGUUGAUUAUGCUAGUUAAAUAUACUCAACAUCGAUAUUUUGAAAGGGAGUUCGAGGGAAAUGUUUUUUCCAAACCUUUGCGAAAGUUGUCCUGCUUUAUCGAUGAUCAAGGAGUAUUACGGAGUGCCAUGACUUAA